AUGGGUACUACAAUCAUAAUUUUUAGAAUAGUCAGUUUACUCUUUUUAGGCAAUGGUUUCAUUCAAUCAAUAUCAACAAAAUUGCCAGCCCAAUUAAUCAAAUCAGGCCAAUUUCAAUUCUUGACUAAUUGCUCAUUAUUAACUUGUUUAGUCUAUGUUGUUUCGACAUUUUUCAUGCUGGCUAAGCAAAUCCAUUGGUUUUAUAAUUUAGUGAGCAAUUUAGAAUUCAAUGUCUUGUUUAGUUAUUUAUUUGAAAUCGAAAGCGAUACCUGCGUAGGUGAAAGGUGUCUAUAG